AUGGUUGCGGGUAACGACACGGAGAGCCACUCCAAUGGAGUGAGCGGCCACACCAACGGUGUGCAGCUACCAGCGCUGUCGACAUCCGCCGAGGACUUUCUCCGCCACAACUACGACUAUAUUAUCAUCGGGGGUGGCACCGCCGGCCUCGCAAUUGCAGCUCGCCUAACAGAGAAUCCUGAUGUCUCAGUCGGUGUCCUCGAAGCCGGAGGCAACAAGCUUGGGGACAUUAUGGUCGACUGCCCGGCCAUGACCCUUCAGACGUUCUCGAACCCAGACUACGACUGGAAGUUCAAGACCGUGCCGCAGAAACAUAACAAAGAAAAGAUACACCACGUUAUUAGAGGCAAGGCGCUUGGCGGUAGCAGUGCGAUUAAUCAUAUGAUGUACGUUCGCGGGUCGCUGCAGGAUUACGAUGACUGGGCGACGAUUGCGGACGAUCCCUCAUGGGGCGCGGAAUCGAUGAAGUACUACAUGCGGAGACAUCAAACCCUUGAGCCCAUCGACGAGAAGGUUGUUGAUCGCGCAACCAUGCCUUUCGUCGGCGAGCAUCAUGGCACCUCUGGGCCCGUGAGAACGUCCUUCAAUGAGUCCUUCUUGCCGAUCGAGCACGACUUCAUCAAGGCUUGUGAUGAAGUCACGGGCAUGUCGAAGAAACCAACCGAUCCCUGGAGUGGUGAUCACAUUGGCUUCUUCAACACUCUUGGUGCCGUCUGCCGUACUGGACCCAACAAGGGCAAGCGAGCGUAUGCUGCGCGAGGCUACUUCGCUGCGAACGCCGAGCGCCCGAACCUUCAUGUGCUAUGCAACGCUCCCGUUACUUCGAUCGAGCUUGACGGCGACAGAGCUACCGGCGUCAAGUUCACCUUUGAAGGAAGCAAGCAGAAGGUCCGGAUGAGCAGGGAGGUCAUAGUAUGCUGCGGCGUUCUGCAAUCGCCACAGAUCCUCGAACUAUCCGGCAUCGGUGACCCAGAUGUGCUCCAAGCCGCCGGUGUGGAGUGUAAGAUCCAGAACAAAGCGGUCGGUGCCAACUUCCAAGACCAUGCCACCAGUGGCCUCUGCUGGGAAGUCAACCAAGGCAACCCAACACUCGAAAUAAUCUACGACCCCUCAGUCAUGGAAGCAGCGCAAAAGCAGAUGAUGGAGCACGGCAACGGACCACUGACAAACAUCAUCAGCACGCAAGGUUUCUUCCCAUACAAGCUCUUCGCUUCGGAGAGCGAGCAAGCCAGUACGGUCAAAUCAAUCGAAGACAGUCUGGACACCGUCACACCGUUCCAGCGAAAGCAGUACGAGCGGAUCAUCGCGCACCUCAAAGACAACAAGUCGGCUAACCUCCAGAUGCUCUUGAUCCCGUCUACCGCGGGCCCUGAGAAGGGGGCUCAGGACCAAGCCUACUUGUUCCCGCCUCAUACGCCCGGGACGCCGAUGGGGAUUACGGCAGUGGUUUGCUUGCAGUACCCGGUCAGCAGAGGGACUGUGCAUAUCACUUCGUCAGAUCCUAAUGAGCACCCGAGGAUUGACCCGGCGUUCUUGAGCCAUCCGGCUGAUGCUGCUGUGUUGGCGGCGGGGCUAAAGAUGACCGACCAAGUCGGAAAGUCGAAACACCUCGCCGACAAGAUCUCCAAGCGCCUCUUCCCCUCCCCCGAAACAAACCUCCAAGACACGAAGCAAGCCACCGAAGCCGUGCAUGACUUCGUCCUUAGCGAGUACCACCCCUGCGGCAGCGUUGCGCUCGGAGACGCUAUUGAUACCAAGCUUGUGGUCAAGGGCACGAAGAAUGUCAGAGUCGCGGAUGCUUCUAUCUUCCCAAAUCAUGUGUCUGGGAACAUUGUGUCGAGCGUGUAUGCCGUUGCGGAGAAAGCUGCUGAUAUCAUCAAGGCGGACUGGGAUUACGCUGCUCUGGCCAAGGCGACAGCUGGUUGA